ACCACCCCUCCUCUCCACCUCUCUCUUUCUAGUUUCCAGUGAGCAGGGGGCCGUGCACCUGGAGCGGCCAUGGCGACCGCGGCAGUUGCCGGCGCGGAGCAGCGCCAGCGUCACGCCGUGUUCUUCCCUUUCCCGGCGCAGGGCCAUGUGAAGGCGGCGGUCGGCCUGGCCCAGCUCCUCCACCGUUGCCAUGGCUUCCAGGUCACCUUCGUCCACACGGAGCACAACCGCCGCCGCCUCCUCCGCUCGCGCGGCCCCGGCGCGCUGGACGGGGUCCCCGGGUUCCAAUUCGCCGCCGUCCCGGACGGCCUUCCACCAUCCGAGGCGGACGCGUCGCAGGACAUGGGCGCCCUGCUGUCCAGCAUGGAGGCCUUGGUCCCGCACUUGAGGAGCCUCGUCUCCGGCCUGCUCCCGCCCGCGUCCUGCGUCAUCUCCGACGUCGAGCACGUCCUGUAUGGGUCCAAGGAGAUGGGUAUCCCCUGCGUCACCUUCUGGACGACCAGCGCGUUCGCCUUCAUGGCGUCCCAGCAGUUGCAGCGGCUCGUGGAUAUGGGCAUUGUCCCCCUCAAAGAGGCUGAGCAGCUGAGGAAUGGAUACCUGGACGACACGGUCCUGGACUGGGUGCCGGGGAUGCCCAGCGACAUCCGCCUCAGAGACUUCCCGAGCUUCGUCCGCACCACGGACCCCGACGACGCCAUACUCAAAAUCAUCCUGAACGCAAUGGCGUGCCACAGGACCACUCCGUCCGCCAUCAUCUUCCACACCUUCGACGAGAUCGACCGCGAGGCCAUGGCGGCCAUGUCCACCAUCCUGCCACCCAGCUACGCCGUCGGGCCACUGCCGCUCCUCCUCGGCCAAGUCUCUGGCGGCGGCGUGGUUGACACGACGCUGGAACCAGACCUGUCAAGGGUGAACCACGCCUGCCUGGAGUGGCUGAACGGCAAGCGGCCAGACUCGGUGCUGUACGUGAGCUUCGGGAGCAUAGCGACGCUCACGAGCAGCCAGCUGGUGGAGUUCGCGUGGGGUCUGGCCAACAGCAAAAUGGACUUCCUGUGGGUGAUCAGAGACGAUCUAGUGAGCGACGGCGACGGCCCUGCCGCCGCCGUGCUGCCACCGGAGUUCCUAGAGGAGACGAAAGCGAGGAGCCACGUGACGAGCUGGUGCCCGCAGGAAGCGGUGCUCCGGCACAAGGCGACGGGCGCGUUUCUGACGCAGUGCGGGUGGAACUCCGUCCUGGAGAGCCUCGGCGCCGGGGUGCCGAUGCUGUGCUGGCCCUUCGGCGCCGAUCAGUACACGAACGCAAGGUACGCCUGCUCCGAGUGGCGCGUCGGCUUGGAGAUCGGCGGCGACGUCAAGAGGGGCGAGGUGGAGGCAGCCGUCAAAGAGGUGAUGGAAGGGGACAAGGGAAAAGAGAUGAAGAGGUUGGCGAUGGAAUGGAAGGAGAAGGCUGCCAUGGCUGCACUGCCAGGUGGGCCAUCUUGGGUAAAUCUGGAGAAGGUGGUCAAUGAGGUGCUUACUGUGGCUCCUGGCUCCUGCAAGGAGUAGGGACGUGGAAUUAUGACUAGGCUCCACUUGCAAUAAAUUGAUGACAGGGCUGUGAUCCAUCAUCUUUGUCGAAACAUAAUGGGCUGUUUAUUUGCCAAGGAAACGAAUACAUAUUUGCCAAGGUAACAUAAUGGGCUGUUCACCCAACUACACUCUUCAAUGUAGCAUAUGACUCACUUGGUAUUUUGGUAGCCGGCUUGGUCUGUAUUGGCAAUAAAUUUGAUGAAAGGGGAGCAUGCCAUGGCUGUGCU